AUGGGUCUCGAACAGUUCGCAAGCGAGGAAUACAGACAGGUACCCAAUGGCAACUCCUUCGGGCCCAAGCUCGAAUUGACGCCCGCCAGUGCCUUCUAUCUGUUCGGCGCGUUCACGUGGGGCGCCAUUCUGCUGGUGUGCACGACGGUGCUGUACGUGUGCCGCCCGCAGAAGGGCGAGCUCGACCCGGAGAGCAGCGAGUACGAGAGCCUCCGCAAGACGCGCCCCGCCAAGGGGCUGGUGUUGAAGUCGCGCAGCGACAGCGAGCGUGACGUCGUCACGUCGAAGCGGCAAAAUAGCACCCGCAGCAGCGUGCGCUCCGGAACGAGCACCGUCCCCACCAGCGAUCGCGAACGGAAA